UUGGGGACACAAGAGUCCGUCGCACAGCACGACGGGAAGUAGGGAGUAAUGGCGGCUGUGUCAGUGGAGCUGCAGCAGGAACGGCGCCUGGUGUGUGUGGAAUACCCGGGCGUGGUCCAGGAUGUGUCCAAGAUGCUGCAGACCCUGGGCGGAGAAGAAGGAGUUUCCCGGAUCUAUGCAGACUCAGCUAAAAGGUUGGAGCUGUACUUCCGCCCCAAGGAUCCAUACUGUCAUCCAGUGUGUGCCAAUCGUUUCCCUACCAGCAGUUUGUUGCUUAAGAUAAAGAAGAAGACAAGACGGAGGAGAGCAGAGGGUGGAGAAGUGACUGUUGCAGAAGUCAAGUUUGACAUGGAAAUUUUGGGCAUCAUUACAACUGUUUACAAAUUUCAAGGAAUGUCAGAUUUUCAGUAUCUGGCAGUGCACACUGAAGUAGACUGCAAAAACACAUCUAUGUAUGACAAAGUUCUUAUGCUCAAACCAGAGAAGGAAGAAUUCUUCAAUCAGGAAUUACCUCUCUAUAUUCCUCCACCAAUUUUCUCUCGCCUAGACACCCCAGUGGACUAUUUUUACCGGCCAGAAACACAGCAUCGGGAAGGCUACAAUAAUCCACCUGUCUCUGGUGAGAACCUCAUUGGCUUAAGCAGAGCUCGGCGGCCCCACAAUGCCAUCUUUGUGAACUUUGAAGAUGAUGAAGUGCCCAUGAAACCACUGGAAGCUGCUGUACAGACUUGGAAGAGGCUUUGCACUAAUCCCAUAGACAGGAAGAUGGAGGAAGAGCUGAGAAAGCUCUUUGACAUUCGUCCCAUCUGGUCCCGUAAUGCUGUCAAGGCCAACAUCAGUGUCCACCCAGAUAAACUCAAGGUCUUGCUUCCCUAUGUGGCCUAUUACAUGAUAACUGGUCCCUGGAGGAGUUUGUGGAUUCGGUAUGGAUAUGACCCCAGAAAAAACCCAGAAGCCAAGAUUUAUCAAGUCCUGGAUUUCCGAAUUCGCUGUGGAAUGAAAUAUGGCUAUGCCCCCAAUGAUAUGCCUGUCAAAGCAAAACGCAGCACGUACAACUACAGCCUACCCAUCACAGUAAAAAAGACACCCAGCCAAUUGGUCACCAUGCAUGAUCUGAAGCAUGGACUAGGUACAUCGGGGACGGGGGGUAUCAAGAAAUCAGCUUCUAACAAGUACAAGCUCAAGGACUCUGUCUACGUUUUCCGGGAGGGGGCCCUGCCGCCGUAUCGGCAAAUGUUCUAUCAGCUAUGUGAUUUAAAUGUGGAAGGGUUACAGAAGAUCAUUCAUCGCAAUGAUGGCAUGGAGACUGAAUGUACAGAGCGGGAUGGGUGGUGUCUGCAGAAGACCAGCGAUGACCUGAGGGACACCAUGUCCUUGAUGAUCCGACAGAUCAUUCGCUCCAAAAGGCCUGCUCUGUUCUCAAGUGCUGCCAAAACUGAAGGUGGAAAAGAACAGUUAACAUAUGAAUCUGGGGAGGAUGAGGAGGAUGAUGAAGAGGAGGAAGAAGAAGAAGAAGAUGAGGAAGAAGAAGAAGAAGAGGAAGAAGACUUCAAACCCUCUGAUGGGAGUGAAAAUGAAAUGGAGACUGAGAUUUUGGACUAUGUGUAAUGGGAGGAGAACCCAGCCCAUAGACCCCCUAACUUAGUCUGGGUAUUGCUGUACUUUUGCCUUGGGAAGGAAGCUAACAGCCCCCCAUUUCCAACUAAGAGUACCAGAUGGUAUUUGAAGGGACUCUCAAUGGGUGUAGUUUCUGACAUUCAUUUUUGUAAGAUUUUGUGUUCCAGCCAAGGUCUCCUAGGGUUAUCCUGGCUUGUCUGCUCUGGGCUGUCUCAUGUACUGAAUAAUACCCCAAAUUACCUGCUUUCAUUCCUGGAUCCUAAGGAAUCCCCUUCACCCUUCUACCUUCAGUUUUACCUGCCAUUAGACCUUCUUUGAUGCCAUUAUUCAGGUGUCAUAUGUUUGUUGUGUAUCAUAUGUGUCCACUAUUUCAGACACCCCUGUGGCUGUUAAAUAUUAUGAAGUAGAGGCAGUUCAGCCUUUGGAAUUCCAAGGAACAAUAAAAGGUCAGGUCAGAUUUGUGAAUUAUGGACUAAAGGAGCAUGAAAAGAGAGUUCAGCAGAGACACAGCCCCUGAGCUGGUUACCCUGGGUGGACGGGACCAAGUAAUUUGGGCUACAUAGCUCUGAGGUGUUCUCAGUCGAGGACCUUUUGAUUGCUGUUGGGUUUGAAUAUGGACAGUUUUGUGUAAUUCCUACAGGGAUUAGCUCUGCUUAGAGCAUACUUUCUUAAUGGAAGUUUUCUUUAAUAAAUGAUUUUUCCAAAGGA